AUGGCUCUGCUUGCUGCUGCUGCUUCUGCUCCUGCCAUCUACCAGAGCAAUCUGGUGGUGCCGAUUGUUGACGUUUAUCCAGAUGCAGCCAUCGCUGUUGCCCGUGAUGCGCCUCUCGCGAGUUCAGAUGCCCGCGGCGCUGUCAUCAAGGCUGCCCUGCCUGACUCGGCCCUGCCCAGCGAGGCGCAUGUGCUGUACUCGAAGCGCGGUGCCCGCCGGUCUGGAGACCUUCAUCCUAUGGCUCAGUAUGACUAUGUGGUCUCGGGCCGGGCGCUCGUCACGCGCAUGGCUUUUCAGGAGAUCGGCUUCCGCGAUGGCCAGGCUGUCGGCUCGCGCAUCGAGACCAAGGCCUCUUACGGUCCGGGUGAGACCAUUGUCAUCGACCCGCACACGCCGCAUGUCUUUGAGUUUGACGCAGAUACCGUCAUGCUCGAAUGGUGGGCCCGCGAGCCCGGGUUGCACCCGCUGCGCGACGGCUACUACUACAUCCCCUACCGCGCUGAGAUCGAUCCCACGUUCAAGAGCUAUCUUGCCGACCACGGCCUCGCCUCGCGGUAG